AUGGAAGAAUCAUCACUAAGCCGGGCACCUUCCCGGGGUGGAGUCAACUUUCUGAAUGUAGCCCGGACCUACAUCCCCAACACCAAGGUGGAAUGUCACUAUACCCUUCCCCCAGGCGCCGUGCCCAGCGCCAGCGACUGGAUUGGCAUCUUCAAGGUGGAGGCUGCCUGUGUUCGGGAUUACCACACUUUUGUGUGGUCUUCGGUGCCUGACAGUGCAACUGAUGGUUCCCCUGUCCACGCCAGUGUCCAGUUCCAAGCCAGCUACCUGCCCAAACCUGGAGCCCAGCUCUACCAGUUCCGGUAUGUGAACCGCCAGGGCCGGGUAUGUGGGCAGAGCCCCCCUUUCCAGUUCCGAGAGCCAAGGCCCAUGGACGAACUGGUGACCCUAGAGGAGGCUGAUGGCGGCUCUGACAUCCUGCUGGUCGUCCCCAAGGCCACUGUGCUGCAGAACCAGCUGGAUGAGAGCCAGCAAGAGAGAAAUGACCUGAUGCAGCUGAAGCUGCAGCUGGAGGGACAGGUGACGGAGCUGAGGAGUCAAGUACAGGAGCUCGAGACGGCUCUGGCAACAGCCAGGCAGGAGCAUGCGGAGCUGAUGGAGCAGUACAAGGGGCUUUCCCGGUCCCACGGGGAGCUCACAGAAGAGAGGGACAUCCUGAGCCGGCAACAGGGAGACCAUGUGGCACGCAUCCUGGAGCUAGAAGAUGACAUCCAGGCCAUCAGUGAGAAAGUGCUGACAAAGGAGGUGGAGCUGGACAGGGUGAGAGACACCGUGAAGGCCCUGACUCGGGAACAGGAGAAGCUUCUUGGUCAACUGAAAGAAGCGCAGGCCGACAAGGAGCAGAGCGAGGCUGAGCUCCAAAUGGCACAACAGGAGAACCGCCGCUUAAAUCUGGAGCUGCAGGAAGCAAAGGGCCGGCAGGAGGAGCAGAGUGCCCAGGCCCAGCGACUGAAGGACAAGGUGGCCCAGAUGAAGGACACCCUAGGCCAGGCCCAGCAGCGCGUGGCUGAGCUGGAGCCCCUAAAGGAGCAGCUUCGAGGAGCCCAGGAGCUCGCAGCCUCAAGCCAGCAGAAAGCCACCCUUCUUGGGGAGGAGUUGGCCAGCACAGCGGGAGCCAGGGACCGCACCAUGGCGGAGCUACACCGCAGCCGCCUGGAAGUGGCUGGAGUCAAUGGCAGGCUGGCUGAGCUCAGCCUGCACCUGAAGGAGGAAAAAAGCCAAUGGAGCAAGGAGCGGGCGGGGCUGCUGCAGAGUAUGGAGGCAGAGAAAGAUAAGAUCCUGAAGCUAAGUGCAGAGAUACUUCGACUGGAAAAGGCAGUUCAGGAGGAGAAGACCCAGAAUCAAGUGUUCAAGACUGAACUAGCCCGGGAAAAGGAUUCUAGCCUGGUGCAGUUGUCGGAGAGCAAGCGGGAGCUCACAGAGCUGCGGUCAGCCCUGCGCGUGCUCCAGAAGGAGAAGGAACAGUUGCAGGAGGAGAAGCAGGAACUGCUAGAGUACAUGAGGAAGCUGGAGGCCCGCCUGGAGAAGGUGGCAGACGAGAAGUGGAACGAGGAUGCUGUCACAGAGGAUGAGGAGGCGGCUGUGGGCCCGAGCUGCCCAGCGGCUCUGACAGACUCAGAGGACGAGUCCCCAGAAGACAUGAGGGUCCCUCCCUAUGGCCUGUGUGAGCGUGGAGACACAGGCUCUUCUCCUGCUGGGCCACGAGAGUCUUCUCCCCUGGUCGUCAUCAGCCAGCCGGCUCCCAUCGCUCCCCACCUCUCAGGGCCAGCUGAAGAGAGUAGCUCUGACUCGGAGGCCGAGGAUGAGAAGUCAGUCCUCAUGGCAGCUGUUCAGAGUGGAGGUGAGGAGGCCCACCUGCUGCUUCCUGAGCUGGGCAAUGCCUUCUAUGACGUGGCCAGUGGCUUUGCAGUGGGACCCUUGUCAGAGGCCAGCACCGGGGGCCCUGCCACCCCCCCUUGGAAGGAGUGCCCUAUUUGUAAGGAGCGCUUUCCGGCUGAGAGUGAUAAGGAUGCCCUGGAGGACCACAUGGAUGGACACUUCUUUUUCAGCACCCAGGACCCCUUUACCUUUGAGUGAUCUCACCCCUCCCCAGUACAUGCACAGAUGCACUCACACACACACACACACACAC